AAGAUAAACUAAUAAUGACCCGCCACCUAAUUUGAUUUUUCUGAGACACCACUUAUCAAUACCUUUGGCUUUAGCAACUUUCUCUCUUUAGUUUCUUCCUCAUCUGAUUCCUCUCCUUUCUUCAACUAAUUUAAAGAUGCAAUAGGAGUUUAUCAAGUAAUUCAGAUGUCGGUCAAUUUUCAACUUCUCCAUGUGUUUUAUAUUAAACAACUGGACAGAAAGUGCACUACAUUUAGCUCUUUUCAUACCAAACUUGUCCAAAUUUCAAUCUCAGUUUGAUAAAAAACAGAUGGGAAAUCCUCCAGUACUGAUAGCAUUCUACAUAACGAUCUCUGUCGUCGCCUUUGUUAUAUCAAAGAUUGUCAUCUCAAUACUGCUCUAUAAGAGAUGGAAAAGAAAGCAAAGGGUGUAUGAAGAUGGACUCUCAGGCUUGUUUUUUUAGGUGGGAAAAUUGUUAUGUUUAGGUCUUCAACAAAGGAGUCUCAAAAAUCAAAUGCAUUGUUUAAGAAAACACUUAGACUUAGCAACAAGGACAUAAUUGGACGUGGAGGCUAUGGGACAGUUUAUAAAGUGAUGAUAGAUGAGUCCACAGCCUAUGCUGUGAAAAGACUCAACAAAGGAGCAAAUGACGAAAGAGAUAGAGGUUUUGAGAGAGAAUUGGAAGCAAUGGGAGACAUUAAGCAUAGGAAUAUUGUCAAUCUCCAUGGAUACUGCACAGCUUCUCAUUACAAUCUUCUUAUUUAUGAACUAAUGCCUAAUGGAAGCUUGGAUUCAUUUCUACAUGGGAAAGCUAUGAACAAGAAGAAUUUGGAUUGGCCAUCCAGAUACAAAAUAGCACUAGGUGCUGCAAGAGGAAUUGCAUACCUCCAUCAUGAUUGCAUCCCUCAUAUAAUCCAUAGAGACAUCAAAUCUAGCAACAUUUUACUGGAUCAAAACAUGGAGGCUCGAGUUUCAGAUUUCGGACUAGCCACGCUGAUGGAACCGGAUAAGACUCAUGUUUCAACAUUUGUAGCUGGAACAUUUGGAUAUUUAGCUCCUGAAUAUUUUGACACAGGAAGAGCAACAGCAAAAGGGGAUGUUUACAGCUUCGGUGUCGUUUUACUAGAGCUCUUAACUGGAAAGAGGCCAACAGAUGAAGCGUUUAUUGAGGAAGGAACCAAGCUUGUAACAUGGGUGAAGACAGUUGUUCAGGAGAAAAGGGAAGAGCUUGUACUUGACAGAAACCUAGACGAUUUCCCAGUUGAGGAGAUCAACAGUACAUUCAAUAUUGCAUUAAUGUGCCUUGAGCCAGAACCAUAUAAGAGGCCUUCCAUGGCUGACAUUGUCAAGAUGCUUGAACAAGUUAAAAAAGCAGAGCUAUAAUAUACUUAUUUUAUUUAU